AUGAAGCUUCAUCUUGUUUUCUUUAUUCUGCUCUUUUGGGUCACAAUUUCACCACCCAAAAGGAGAGAUCCUGAAUAUGGUAGUGUGAAUUUGAGCAAAGAGUGCAGAAGGAGUAGUGGUCAAUGUAGAGCUCAGUGCUAUGACAAUGAAAUGAGGGUUGCUUUCUGCUUAAAACCUGGAAUUCACUAUUGCAUGAGCAGUUCUGGAUGA